AUGACCUCCUCGGUUUGGCCCCGCCUCCGUUUCGGCCCGUUCAGUAUGAACUGUUUGCCGUAAAUCCAUUACUUGACUAAUCGCUACAAGGAUGGCUGAUAUCGCGACUCCUGAGUUUCUCAAGGAACUACAGUCUUUGUAUCCUGCAACUGCAAAAUAUGUCGAUGGUGACUGGUUCCUAGCUGCCGGUGUAGCAUUCAGCUCGAGCAACUGUCCCGAAGCAGUCCCACGCGUACUUCGCUAUGCUCUCGACGAUCUCGACAAGCUCUCUGUCACGUCGUAUGAAGAUCGCAAGUUGCUCGUGCGGAAGAUGAGGGAUGGAAUCUUUAAGUCUGGCAUGCUCUCUGGUUGUCCAAAAGCUAUCAACGCUCUUGUUUCGCUCUAUGAAGCCACCCCAGAAGACCUUCGAGACACCGAGCCUUUACGUGACUCUACUAGAUCGAACGAGGAAGACGCUGCAGUUGGCCAGGCAUAUUUUAAUUCGACGUUUGGUGAUCCGGCAACAAAAAUCCAGUCCGUGCUUAGAUCCAUAUACCCAGACCUCGAACACUUCACGAUGUCAAUUGGAUGCGGGUAUGUGGACUCCUUCACGGAAGUGAUCUCGAUCAAGGAGACGACAUUCGCCACUAUCUCGGCCAUGAUUGCGAAUGCCACGCUUAGUCGGCUUGAAUGGCACCUAACUCGUGCUGUUGACCAUGGCGCAACAGUUGAGGAGGUAAGAGCUGUACGAGAGAUCGCACUGAGAAUCGCAAUCAAGGCGGGCGUCCCCUUGAAAAUUGAAGUUCCAAACAUUUGAUCUAUUCGAUUACACAUACAACCGACUAACGUCCGGGUGGUAUCCAGGUGUACUCUAUGUGUACAUGGAAUCAAUUAGCCUUUGGAAGGUCGCAUAUACGACAUGGCCGCGAUUCGUUGGUGUAUCAAACAGAGUAUUAGUCUCUGAUGGUCAUUUGCGGUCUCGCUGGGUGCGGCAGGUGCAGUGCAAUCAAGCUGAGGCUUUACCGCAUGGCUCGGAGUUUGUAGAAUAUUACCUGGAACAGACCUUACAGGGUGAAAAGGAUACCGGAGGGUGAUAUGAGGUAUAUGAUGCCGCAAAAGUCUGUAGCUGGUGCCACGAGGGAAACGCUGAUUAUUUCUAGAUGCUCAAGCAAGCUGAUGUUUACAGCGGAUACUAGGGUAUUUGUGAUUUGGCCGACUUAGUAGACAGGGGCGUAUCCUGAUCAACCGGAUAAAUUACGCUCAGUCCGACCCU